UCCUCACUUCAGUCCAAGCAGGCGAGACCGCGAGUCAGGAGAUAACGCCGGAGCCAGUUCGCGGGCAGGCGCAGGUACGCGCGCUUCUUCCGAUUCCUCGAGCCGCAGAUUCCUGCCUGCGCUCCAUCACCGCCCUGUGCUCCCGAUUUCUUCUCUCCGUCCCCGGUCGUCGUGUUCCCUGCUCCGCGCCGACGAGGAGCUGCAGCGGAGGUUUCUGUCCCAACACCGAGGAGGAACCGUCAGGCGAGGUCGCGGAGGUCCCGUUUGCGAGUUGCUGAGCCCUCUCCGGGACUCCGGCUGCCUCUUGCGGUCGUCCUGAGGUCACCUGAGCGCCGGCUCCUCCUUCCCAAGCGUGCGCUCUAUCUCCGGGCCAGUUUCCUAUUCCCUCCAAAGAAUCUUCCGCCACGGUUUGGUGCCUCUAGUGUGUGAAGCGAACCGUACUCCCUUCUCUCUUCCCCAUGGUUCGAUUUGCGCCCACAUUGGUGCUGCUCUAAUCGUUCUCGACUGCCAAGUUUCUGGGCUGAAAUCGCUUCUGCAAGAAGCAACGCUGUAGUGGGUGCAGCUCCAGUCUGGGGAAUGGCGCCGCCGCCGAAUGCGACCAUAGGGCUGCUCAAUCUGGGCGGGCGCGGGGUUCUUCUCCCCACCUCGCAGCCUAAUUCGAGCCCAGGUCGCGGGUUCUUGGUUCCUGGGAGGAGCGUCUCGGUGUUGCCACUGCGCUGGGGUUUGGUGAGGAAGAAAGGCCGGGCUCUCGAUUCAAUAACUGCCGGUGCUGUGGCUAGCGGGGAGGCCGGUGCCGGAUCGUCGGAGCUGCGGCACAUCGAGAAGGAGCUGACGUUCAGCCCGACAUUCACCGACUAUGUGAAGAUCAUGGAGUCAGUGAAGUUGGACAGGAGCAAAAAUUUAGAGGGCGGUGAUUCGGAUGGACGGAAGUCGAGGAGAAGGUUCAUGGGUGAUGGCGAUGCAUCGGUUGUUCGAAGAGCGGAUAUGAGAUCUGGUGCUGCAAAGAAUAAAUUAUUUGAAAGGGGAAAGGGUGAUCAGAGGGACAGGAGUAAUGACAGAGGUAGAGGUGUGCAUUUGGCGAAGAAUGGCAAUCAAAAGAAUGUUACUAGAUUUGUGGAGAAACGAGCGCAAGAUGAUGUUACAAGUAGCCAUGGCGGGCAGGGAAAGGUUGAACAAUAUGUACAGAGAAGAAUAGUUCAAGGUGACAGAAGUGAAAUUGGAGGCAAUGGGCGGUUUGCAUCACAUGAGGAGGCUAAAGAUACUGGAGGUAGUAUGGGUGUUCAUCAAUCAGUGAGGAACAAGCAAGCUCAGUCAGUUGCUCGAAAGCAUUUACCGAAAAGGGAAACUUUUUCUGUACCUCGGACUUCUGCCCCUCCGAAUACCAGCACCUUAUCGAAGAAAACCGAGUCUAAAAUGGGAAAAGAAAGAUUUAUUAGCACAACAAGCAGUAAGAAUGAGCACUUCAACUUUUCCAGAGAUACAAAAUUUUCCAAUAAUGAGGUCAAUGCUGAUGGUAAAUUUCAAAGAUACCAGCGAAGAGUAGAAAGUCUAGGGACGAACUUUGUGGUGCGUAGGUUUGGAGAUAAUGCCAUGGACUGUAAGAAACCUACUGUAGGCAAAAGAUAUGAUCAUAUGCAGACAACUCCUGAGCAUGAUGGUCAUUCAAUUGACACUUUGAAGUUUGAUAAACCUGAAAUAAUUCACACGCAGAGAGAAGAAAAUGUUAAAAGGGGGCAGUUUGUUAGGAGGGAUGCAAAAGCUAUGGACUUUGAUGAUAGAGCUGCUUUCAAGACUUUUGAGGUAUUUACUGAUGUCAGGAACAGACCACGGGUUCUUCGAAUGGAAAUGGAGGAGAGAAUUCAAAAGUUAGCUAGUCGGCUGAAUGCUACAGAUGUCAAUACCCCUGAGUGGAAAUUCUCCAAGAUGAUUCAUGAUGCAAAAAUCAAAUUCUCUGAUCACUCCAUCCUAAGGAUUGUUCAAAUGUUGGGUCGAUUCGGAAACUGGAAACGUGUUUUGCAGGUUGUUGAGUGGCUUCAAUCGCGUGAAAGAUUUAAGUCCUACAAGAGCAGGUACAUUUAUACGACAGUUCUUGAUGUUCUUGGGAAGGCAAAGAAACCUUUUGAGGCGUUGAACGUAUUUUACACCAUGCAGAACCAAUUGUCUUCGUACCCUGACAUGGCAGCUUAUCAUUGUAUUGCUGUGACUCUCGGGCAAGCUGGUCUUGUGAAAGAGCUAUUUGAUGUUAUUGAUUGCAUGCAUUCUCCUCCUAGGAAGAAGUUUAAGGUGGACCCUCUUCAGAAGUGGGAUCCUCGCUUGGAACCAGACCUCAUUGUAUACAAUGCAGUUUUGAAUGCUUGUGUGCAACAAAAGCAAUGGGAAGGAGCAUUUUGGGUACUGCAACAGUUGAAAGAGAAAAAUAUUCGUCCAACAAAUACAACAUAUGGUCUUGUAAUGGAGGUAAUGCUUGUCUGUGGCAAGUACAAUCUGGUGUAUGAGUUCUUCAAUAAAGUGGAGAAAUUGUCGAUACCUGGUGCUCUGAACUAUAAAGUUCUUAUAAAUGCACUAUGGAGAGAAGGAAAGAUUGAUGAAGCAGUGAUGGUUGUGGAGGAUAUGGAAAAUCGUGGAAUUGUUGGUUCUGCUAGUCUCUAUUAUGACCUUGCUCGGUGCCUUUGCAGCAGAGGGCGGUGCAAAGAAGCACUUCUCCAGGUUGAGAAGAUAUGCAAGGUUGCUAACAAACCACUGGUUGUUACCUACACAGGACUUAUUCAAACUUGCAUAGACAAUGGCAGCAUGGAAAAUGCUAAAUACAUAUUCAAUGAAAUGUGCAACUACUGUUCACCUAACAAUGUAACUUGUAACAUCAUGCUGAAGUCAUACCUGGAACAUGGAAUGUUUGAAGAUGCAAAAGAUCUACUCCAGAAUAUUCUGAACAGGAGGAUAAGGAGCAAAGUGGAUCCGAGUCAAAUUGCAAUUGCCGACAAGUUUACUUUCAAUACUUUCAUGGAGGCCUGUGCUGAAGCAAAAAGGUGGAAUGACUUUGAGUAUGCAUUUCGCGAAAUGUUAUCGAAAGGGUACCACUUUGAUGGACGAAGGCACCUCCGUAUGGUACUUGAUGCUUACAGGAAUGGGAAGGAACAGCUGUUGCAUGAUAUCUGGCGCUACCUGUGUCAUCAUGGCCGGGUUCCACCCGCCCCUCUUAUAAUGGAAAGAUUUUGCCUGAAACUGAUACAAGGCGACACAACUGGGGCGAUCUCUUGCGUCAGCAGAUUUCAGGAGAGCAAGAUACGCAGCGUGUCCUCCAUGUCGUGGUUCAAUCUGCUGACCCGAAACGCGGACCACCUGAAGGAGGAAAAUAUUACCAAGCUAGUUCAUGAACUCAACAAACUCAUUAGCUCGAGUACCUCCUCUGAUUGUUUGUAUCAAAAUAUUCUGAGUAGCUGUACAACAUUCCUUUCUGGUGCUGUUGUUGUAGAAAAGGCACAUUUUGACCAACAGAUAGAUUUACAUAAUUCGUAACCAGCAAAAUUCCUCCAUAUUUGUACAUUGUUGUUCAACGUUUGGUUAUCAGUACUAAGCGUUGUUUGCUUAUUA